AUGAGUGGGGUCAGUGGUUUUUGCCGAACUGUUAGCCACGUGAAAGUAAUAAAAGUGAAUAGUGGCAACUGCUUUGCAAAGUUGACCCUGCAAGAAGAUGAUCUAAAUCCCAUGGGUGGCAUGCACGGUGGAUUGGCCGCAACUUUGAUCGAUAAUAUAUCUAGUACUGGUUUAUUAUCACAUAGUAAAUGGCGAGAACCUAGUCCAACUAUUAGGCUGAAUUUAUCGUAUCUGCGAAACGCACAAUAUGGUGAGGAGAUCACUAUAGAGUCUAAGGUUUUAAAAGUUGGGAAAAAUAUGGCGUUUGUAGACGUGGAGAUACGAAAUGCAGAAAAAGAAUUGCUGGUGAAGGGCGAGCAUGUGAAAUUACGAAGUUCUUCCUCUUAA